CAGAGGGCGGCGUUCGCCCGGCCCCCGCCGUUAGCGCCGGGCGCAAGGAUCCCGCGGGGCCGCGGCCGGCGCGCCCCGCCCUGGCUCCCCCGGGAGGCCGGCCGCGGGGCGGGGGCAGGGGCGGGGAGGCGCGGGGGAGUGGUCAGGCCGGUUAAGAUCGGAGGGGGCGGCGGCGGGACCGCUCACUCGCGGCAGCUGUCUAGGGGCCGUAGUCACCGCGCCGCUCCUGCUGGGGGCUGCCCACGCCAACCACCUGCCUCUGUCGCCGCCUCUUCCAGCGCCCAGCUCCCCCUGGCUAGAACAUCCCCCAAGAUGGCAGAGGAGGGCAGCAGUACCAGGGACUGUGAGUCCCUCAGCGUGCUCAACUGGGACCAGGUUAGCCGGCUGCAUGAGGUUCUGACCGAGGUCGUACCCGUCCACGGACGAGGCAACUUUCCAACCUUGGAGAUCACCCUUAAGGACAUCGUCCAGACUGUCCGCAGCCGGCUGGAGGAGGCAGGCAUCAAGGUUCAGGACGUCCGAUUGAACGGCUCUGCAGCGGGCCACGUUUUGGUCAAAGACAACGGCUUGGGUUGCAAAGAUCUGGAUCUCAUCUUUCACGUGGCUCUUCCCACGGAGACCGAAUUUCAGCUGGUGAGAGAUGUGGUUCUGUGUUCCCUCCUGAACUUUCUGCCAGAGGGCGUGAAUAAGCUCAAAAUCAGCCCCGUCACCCUGAAGGAGGCGUAUGUGCAGAAGCUGGUGAAGGUCUGCACAGAGGCAGACCGCUGGAGCCUGAUUUCCCUCUCCAACAAGAACGGGAGGAACGUGGAGCUCAAGUUUGUUGACUCCAUCCGGCGUCAGUUUGAGUUCAGUGUGGACUCCUUCCAGAUCAUUCUAGACUCUUUGCUGUUUUUCUAUGACUGCUCCAGUAAUCCCAUCUCUGAGCAUUUCCACCCCACAGUGAUCGGGGAGAGUGUGUACGGGGAUUUUGAGGAAGCCUUUGACCAUCUUCAGAACAGGCUGAUCGCCACCAAGAACCCUGAAGAGAUCCGAGGCGGGGGUCUUCUUAAGUACAGCAACCUUCUGGUGCGGGACUUCCGGCCUGCGGACCAGGAGGAAAUCAAGACUCUAGAGCGUUACAUGUGCUCCAGGUUUUUCAUCGACUUCCCAGACAUCCUGGAACAGCAGAGGAAGCUGGAGACCUACCUUCAAAACCACUUCGCUGAAGAAGAGAGAAGCAAGUACGACUACCUCAUGAUUCUUCGCAGGGUAGUGAACGAAAGCACCGUGUGCCUUAUGGGGCACGAACGCAGGCAGACCCUGAACCUCAUCUCUCUCCUGGCCUUGCGAGUGCUGGCAGAGCAAAACAUCAUCCCCAGUGCCACCAAUGUCACCUGUUACUACCAGCCAGCUCCUUAUGUCAGCGAUGGCAACUUCAACAACUAUUACAUCGCCCAUCCUCCAGUUACCUACAGCCAGCCUUAUCCAACAUGGCUGCCCUGUAACUAACCUCGAGACCCGAGGGUUUCCACAGUGGGAACCCAUUUAGGGCAGGGGCUUUCAGGUAGGAGAGCCUCCUCCUAGAUGUAGGUGUUUGGCUUUUAAAGGGGAACUCAGCUCUGACUCUGCUUUUCUUUGUGAACCCAUUGGAAUAGGUCCACAAGACUAUCAGGAGCCAACCCUAAAAGGACCCAUAUUACAGUGCCACUCUGGAAGAUGCAAUAGGAAGUGUGACCUCUCUACAUCUUUCUAAGAUAGUCACUAACUUGUCACUUCCCAGACAUUAGCACAUGGGAUUUGAACUCUGCACAGUCUCUGAGAUUGGGAGAGUUGGGCAGCAUGUGAGAAGCGUUAAAGGCACUCUUCUCGACUAAUAGCCUCCAGUCCUCUGCAGGCUCUCAUUCAGGAUUCUCAGCAGUUUCGUGAAAAGCCGUGCUGGCAGUCUCCUAUUGUGUCAGUUUUAGUCAGCCCCCAAACUGGUAAACACAAGGGUGCUCUUUGUGACUGAAUUUUCAUUCACGGGACUGAGUUGUGUGUGUCUAGUCCCUGUAGCAGAGCUGAGAAUUUCAUUCAUCAAUAAACCAAAGCCAAUAGCUGGAGACUUGAGAUCUGGUUGGAAGUGGUUUAUGGUAGAUGCUGGGCUGUUUCAAGGAAUUAUGAGAUAUUGUGGAGAAAAAAAAAUGACCUUUUCUUGAAAUGUAACUUGAAAACAAAAUAAAAUGUGGAACAUAA